AAUGAAAAACUUGAUAUGGAGUUAAGUCAAAAGGAGCUUGAGAUUCAGACGCUUCAUACGCGCUUGUCUACAGCGGAAGAAUCCUUUUCUGAAGUUAAAAAACGCGUUGAGGUCAUCAAAGAGUCGAACUGCUCGAAAGACCAACAAAUUGAGUUGCUGCAGAAUGAUAUCGAUACUCUUCGGAAGAAACUUGAAUCCAGGAAUGAAUUGCUUGACCAGAAGAAUUCUCAAAUAAACGAGUUGCAGAUAGAAAAAAAUCGAAUCCAGUCAGACUUGACAAUCAUGAACGAACAGCUGAAAGUGUACGAAAACAAACUUACCUCCGCUAAUGAACAGACAAAAUCUCUGGAAAUGGUAUUGAAAGAUCGCGAUUGUCAGCUGAAUAUGAUGCGGCAGCGACUUGAUUGUUCGCCGUCGAUGAUUCAGCAAAAGCAGAUACAAGGUGAAAUUGACAGCAUUGUCAGAGAAAGAGACCAGCUGAUGCAAGAGCUCAAGGACCUUCGAUCUCGUACCGAAUCAGAGCGACUGGAAGAGGUGGAGGCUCAUCGCAAGGAAGUACGCGAUUUGAGACUCGCCAUCGAAUCACUCCAGAGUGAAAUCAGCGACAGACAGGUAAGCUUCCGCAUGUCGACUGAACUCGGUGAUAUGCGAUUUUCUUCAAGAUGCUGA